AUGGCAGCGGUACGAGGUUUAUUCGCGUCCUUGAGAGACUACUUUUUACCCCCUCCUAUCGAACCAGUGAAUAUCCCUGUGGUUCUCAAAAAUGGUAGGCCUUUAACGGAGGAGGAAACUGCCGAAAUACGACGCGGUCAAGCUAAAGCUAUCGAUAAAUACUUUGAUGAAGAAUUGGACAAGGAAAACUACGAUGAACUGAACAACAAGAGUCGAAGUCUACAGUGGAUGCCAGAUAUUACUCCCCAAGAUCCUCUGUGGCAGAGAACUCGUGCAUAUUAUGCUCAGCUUCUCAAAACCGAGAAAAUAUCAGACGUUCUUGAUGACCACUUUGAAGAGAUUCAAAAGAUUUUGAUCAAUCCCCAGGCGUGGAGUAAUGAGGUUCAAGCUGUUAGGGAUCAACAAAGUAGAGACUACUAUGAAAACAUUGGUCCAACUGGACCUUUUGAUGGACAACUCGACAAUCUCGCUACAAAGAUGACAAUGGUUCACUUUGGUCUUCCUGUAGCUCCAAUGACUUUAAAUAAUAUCAUGAUACUCACUCCGGACUGGAAAGAUUCUGAAGACGAUGAAGAAGAUCCUGCACCUUCCCCACCUCGACAACAGAGAAUUAUUUAUUCCGAGAAACCUUUGGAAUUCUUGGAUUCGUACCUCGAAAGAGCCUUUGGGUACCAAAUAAUCCGACGUCCCCGAGUAAGCAUGCGAGGUGGCGCUGGGUCUGUCGAUGAAUUAAGUCUUGCAGGUAGUAGUGAUUUCAAAUGGGGGACGACCGUUAAUAUGCGUGGCGGUGCGGGUAAUGAGCCUGCAUUGCGAGGAUAUUACCUUGACCUACUGGGUCCAAGUCCCGAAUACAGGCGCCGCCGUACACAUCUGACCCAAGAUGAAUUUCUUACUUCUGCUCACGAGCUUCUCGAAUGUCCGGAGGGUUCGGAUUGGCCUUUUAAUGUCGAUGUCUAUCGCCAGCCAGAUCCACGUAAGAUUGAUAUACCGCUGCAGAUUUCCGUUCAAAUAGAUUCAAUUGUAAAUUUCGUAGAAAGAUGGCCCGAAAUUGAGGAAAUCAUUGGGAAAGUGGAUCACGAUCAACUCACCAUCAUAAUCCAACAAGAACGUUUGAGUCAUGAGCAUGCUCCUCAAUACUAUGAGGAUCCGGUUCGCUUGGCGAGAGAAUUUCCCGAUGAGCAUAAGAAGGUAUCUCGGCAUUUGAUUUAUUCGUACUUUGGGAAGAGAGAAAUCACACCGAGAUAUUUUGCUUUCAAAGAUGCCGUCACGAAACUCCUGAACAUAGAUCCGACAUCCAAUUGGUCAUUCUUUGUUGAUGUGCAUCUUCAAGAUCGCAUUUUACCACCUAUUAGGUUCACCAGAUCACAAUACAGGAACGAUUUUCUCUCUCUCAGGGAUCAAUACCUCCUUGGUACUGAUGCAAACAAAGCGAGUAUCUUCGUGCGUAAUGUUUGUGGAUACGCACCCUCACAAAUGAGUCUCGUCGAACCACCUAUAGAGAACAUUCAGAUAAUCAGACUGAUCAGUGAAUCAGAUAGAACGGAAACUUACUGGAAAGUCCCAUUGGAUCUCUCAACGCCUUACUGCCUCAAUUCGUUACAGCCUUCAUUUGUUCGAGCUUUCCUUGCCAUUUUCGGUCGAGAUCGUCCUUCGCGCAAUGUACGGCUUUCUAAUACACGACCGGGAGGAAAGGCCGAACGUGCCAUUGGCUUUGGUGGUAUGGAAGUGACUCUGGAAACAUGGGAUUGGGUUGUUGAACAGAUCGAACAACAAAAGCACAAUCCACCACAAGCCGGUGCUCAUCCAAGGUCGUGCCAACUCAUUUUGACAGUUCCUCCUGUUACUAUUGGAAUACGUCCUGGGGAAUCACUAACUCUCCGCCUCAUUGGUGAUGAUUACCCGAGAGAUACGGAAUUCAGACGCAAUGAUUACCUCCACAUUUAUGACUACAUACUGGAACGAUUGAGAAAGCUUCACCGUACAAGGCAAAAUUCUACCUAUCCAAACGGUAGCUCUAUCGCGAUGUGGUUCAGUGCUAUAGAACGUGAAAAGAACUACCCGCCUGUCAUCCUUCAGGUUGAUGCCCGUGAUUACAACACCAGAAAGAUUCGAAAAUUGCAGGAGGCUUUCAGCGGUCGCCUGCAAACAUUCUCAAAUAUUUGGUUCCGUCCAGAAUAUAGAGUUUUUACGAUUCAUGAUGCUCAACAAAAUACACUUGUCUGGCAAUGGAAUACUACUGAUGAGCAACAUGACACUUCUCUCGAGAACUUUAGAGCAAAUGUCAGAGAAAUGUAUGAUGAUUGGGAUCCUGCUCUUGACUCAAAUUUCGUCAUAAUUCAGCCACGUGGGAAUCAUUUGUUUGCAGUUGAUCAGAAAACCUCGGAGAAUUAUUGGAGAAAGUAUAUCUUCGAUUGGUUCACUGAGACAGACGUGUAUAUUGAGCGAAGAGGCGUGCGACCCUUCAUGCAGCCUGACAUAAUUCCGUGGGGUUAUCGACAUAACCGCCCAACUUCCGCUGCACCUCCCGUGGAUCUGAACCCAGAGCCUGUGGCACCUAUUGUCGAUCCCUCUCAACAACCUCGUAUCAACAAAACGCGACUCGUUUUGCCGGUCGCCGAAAAGACCAUCACUCCAAAAUGGGAGACUUGGAUGACUGAUCAACAUCGCAAAGAUGCAUUACAACGUUCUUCUUACAUUCAGGAUCAAUCUGUCAUUGAACCAGGGCUUGAUCCUUCAGCACCAACAUACGGGCCAAGUAAAGAAUUGACAUUGGGAGUAUCUCUAUCUACUCCUACUGUAUACAUACAACGCUUGACCCCUACUGAUAUCUUGCACCUGGCAGAAGAGAACCAGAAGUUAAGGAACGGCCUACUGGAACGAUCUCAUAACUGCAACAUCUGCUCCAUAAGUAUGGCUGGUUAUGAAAAUGCUGAAAUACAAAGACAUUAUGCACAGCAUCUAAUCCAACUCCAGAAAGAAGGGCAAUGUCCUCUUUGUGAGCGUGAAUCUUGGUCCAUCAUGACCAUGGAGCAGAAGAAAGAGCAUCUUGAGACUCAUCAGGUUGAGGCAGACAUCGAAAUGAUCCGCAAUUUCUGGAAUGGCAUUGAAUGUCCUGUAUGCGAUGCCAAACUUAGUGGAUUUACCGCCGAACAGGUUCUUCGUCAUAUGGCAGAUCAUUUACCAGGCAUCGUAGAAUUCUGUGACAAAUGCGGACUUCGCACAGCUAUCUGUACUGAAGCCGAACUAGUUCAUCACAGAUACACAUGUCUUGAUAAGCCAGAUCGUGGACCGCUUGAUCCCGAGCCACUAUUCUGCCGUGAUUGCGGCCAAAAUCGUACAGACGAGGACGAACAAGAACGGGGACUUCAUGUUGUCAACUGUACCGCCAAGAAUCGGCGCAAUCAGGAUAAGAAGUUCUGCACCAAAUGUGGCAUCGAUAAAAGUGCAUGGAGCAAGGAUGAAAUUGCGACGCAUGAUGAUCAUUGUACAUCUCCACAAGGUUUGCAGAAAGAGUUUUGCUUGAGAUGUGGCACAAAAUUGCUUGGUCUCAACGAAUCGCAAUUGAUCGAUCAUAGAGUAUACUGCGCCAUCAGAACGAAAGAGUCGGAGACUUUAAAACAGCGAAUUGAAGAGCUUAAAAUACGCACUGCCGACACCAAUCGCGUUUCGGCCAAAACCGCAUCUACACUCGCCUGGCUCACGAAGCGAGAGAUCAACCUCGCCGAAAAUGAAAGAGUCUUAGCCGAAAGAGAGUCACGCCUUCCUCAGACACACAGACCAGUGAUUUCAUGGGCUGAAGAUAGAAGAGACCUUGGAAAAUGCCCUUGGUCUGCCACAGGGUGCGAUUUCUAUACAGUUGGUAGAUCUCGUGAUGAAAUAUUCACGCAUAUGGCUAGCCAUUUCGAUCCAAAACAACCUCGCCCAUUCGCCUGUCCGUUCCCUGGCUGUGGUAAGAGAGUCGCCGCACCCGGCUCAGAUUCCGGAAAUGAUCUCCACAUAGUAGACCAUUAUCGACAUCGCGAUGGUUACGGCAUUUCAGACGUACGCAGCGUGCCAAAGGGCUUCAAAGCUGGCACUGCUAGAGAUCCGAACAAGCUUAAAGAACUGAUGGAGCAUUUUCAGAGAGCCAACGCAAUGAAUACCCUAACUGCUCAACGAAAUCUCACCCCAAUCCCCACAUGGGGAGAAGGACUCGGUGAUGGAGGUGGUAGCGGUGGAGGAACCGGAUCCCAAAAGUUUGGUUCCGACGCCCUGAAGACAGGCUACGCAUACCAAAAGUCCUGGCUGCUCUCGGAAGACGAACAAUUACAACAGAGUAUCGAAGCCGAUGAUCUUUUAUAUCAUGAUGAUGAGAAUCUGUAUGAGAAUCUGUUUGAGCCUGGCGAUUAUGAACCCCAACCGGUAAAAUUCACAGUUACAGGACCAACACCCAAAAAGCCAACAUCGCUUGUUGAACUUGCCUCGAGCCCUGAACUUGACUCGUCAAGUGUCCCUCAAUCGACUACUGAUACCGGCUCGGCUGUUGAUACCGGCUCGGCUACUGAUACCGACUCGCCUGUCGAACCUCCCACGCCUGCUAAACCAGAAACACCAGGCCAACCACCAAUACUCCCAUAUUCGCCCACAAAACGCAAAGCAUCCGCCGCCAUCCCAGAAGAAGAGUUAACUCCAUAUUCUACCCGCCGCGCAUCUAAACGCUUCAGACGUGCGGGAACAGACUCUUCGAGUCCGGAAACAGAGUCCGAAGAAGCGGUGAGGAGAUCACCCCGACGCGCUGAAUCAUCACAGCAGAACCCGGUUGGGGGAUUCCAUAGACCUGCGAGGAAAGCUUCGAUGUCAAAAGUGAGGUUCUUCGAAGACGAGGAGGAUGAGGAGGCUUAUGCGAAGAUGGUAGAGGGGAGUACGGGGGAUUUGAAGGAUUGGGGGGAUGUGGUGGAUGAAUUGUAUGGAUCUUCGGGACCUUCGGAAGCUUCGUUAAGUGAGCCGGAGCCAGCGCCAUCUGCCUCGAUACAACCGGCAAUGAUAACGAGGGCGCGAGCGAGGGGGAAAAAAUAA